AUGGAGUUCCAAGCGUCGAUCGAGGACGUUCUCUCACUUCCUAAAGUGUUGCUUGACUCUGGGUCCGACGAGACGUUGGUGUCAGAAGGCCUCCUCAUGGCGCUGGAGCGCCUUAGAGCAAGUCUCAGCAGAGACAACCAAGCUAUCCAUGUGACACGGCAAGCGCAGUUCAAGGCGGUGACGUUGGAGAAGUCUAUCGGCCCCCUGGUCUUGCGUGGACUUCGAGCGUGGGUCGAAGAAAAGAAGAUGGAGAUCGAUGCUCUCAUUGGACGUCCCGUUAUGGAGCGACUGGGGUUUUCAGUCGACGGCAUGCUUGUCGACGCUUUGAAGUAG